AUGCCAUAUUACUGCACUGUACCGCGGUGUACAUCGAUGGCCGGCAAAGCAAAAAACGUAUCGUUCCACCAAUUUCCUAGAGAUGAAGAAUUAGCUAAAUUAUGGAAUAAAAUACUUAAACGAGGAAAGCCAUACACAAAAUAUUCCAAAGUUUGCAGUUUACAUUUCACAGCGGAUGAUUAUACAAUGACGAGCGGACAGAAAAAUAAAGGUCAGUGGAGGACAUUAAAGAAAGAUGCCAUACCAUCUAGAAACUUACCGACUGACUCACCAGCCCCAUACCAAAGGAGAAGCUCAACAUGGACACCACCCUCUAAUGUGAUUGAUGCUACAAUGCACCAGCAAAUGGCCCAAGCAAUAUAUGUUCAAACUAUGCUAGCAAUGCAAGCUGCGGGGAUAACUGCUUUAAAUGGAGAGCAACAACCACCAUCACCUACGGAAGAAGUUCAAUCGCCAUACACAAACAAUUUUUCACAACUAGAACACACAAACAAUGACGCUCAGACAGAAAACGAACACACAAACACACAUUCAGACGAUGAUAGUGAAUAUGAAGAAAGUAUUAGUAUACCCUCAUAUACAACUCAUAAUGACACAUUCAAAUGUUUGGAAUGCUCCAAAUGUUUUAAAGAUCCGGACGUUUUUGUUCUACACAAACGAACACACACGAAAAAUAAAAAUAUUGAUGUUGGCGACACUGAUGAUAUGCUAAGAGCUAACCCAAUAUUAGCGAACCUAUUAAGAUCUGAUCCUCAACCAAAAAAUGAAGGGAACGAUGUGAAAAAUAUUAAAAGUAUUGAAAAUCAAAUUAUGGCAGCAUUGACAGCUAAUAUGGAGAAUUAUUUAAGGAAUUUAUCAACAAUUAUGACAAAUGGCAACACUGUCGCAGAUAAUGGCAUAGACAAUGAAAUCCAAGAUGGCGAUUUAAACUGUGAUAAUCAAGACUUAAACGAAUCGACAGACUCAAAAUUAGUUAUAGAUGAAGAUAUA